CGUCGAGGUCCUCGUCGCAAACCCUUUCGAAGCACGAAAGCACCGACGGGAAGCACCCACGCCGAGUGCCGAGGCCGAGACCAGCAUCGAGAUCGAGACGGAGCCAGAGCGUCACCAAAUCGUACCUUCAACAACACUCUCUGCACGUAACAAGCAAGCAAGCGAGCUGAAUUUUGUGCUCGAACCGACACCGCUCACCGCGUAGCGUCGUCGUUGUCGUCGUUCGAUCAUGUAGAUACCGCAAGUUGUUCACUAUUGCGAAUUGGGCACUCUACUCCAGCGAUUGAGCUCACAUGGCCCCUGUUAAACUUCCCUUUGCCGAUACCGACUUGGCUCCACUUGUCAAACGGUACUCGGCGAGUACGAUUGUGACAAUGCUGCGGGAGAUUGCAAGAUGCAAGUCGCCGAAGCUGGACUGGGUGAUGCUGUGCAAGAGCACGGUCACGGGCAUUACGAACCCGAAGGAGUACCAGGCCGUGUGGCGAAGCCUUGCCUAUCGGGCGGAGCUGGAGGAUUCUUUUGAAGACAACGAGGCACCGUUGGACGAUGAUAGUGACCUUGAUGUUGAGUUGGAUCCUGUUCCCACUGUCAGCGCUGCCGUGGCAGAAAGCAUAUCCAGUUUUGUGAAGACAGACUUGCAACAGCAUGAGCAUGAUGAAUUAAUGGAACACAAUGCUGGUCAGGCAGGUGUGGGGCAUCAAGCUGCAGACAAUGCGGUUGUCAAUAAACAGCAGGGAUCAGGUCUGUUGGUCAAACCAGAUGAGUCAGCCGAAUUGGUUCCCAUUCCUAAUACAGCAGGAGUGCCAUACUUAGCAAGUGCAACACAGUGUGCAGCUACGCAUGGGGAAUCGGCUGCAAUCCUCUCCUGCUCUACGAGCACUAAGGCUGCUUAUCCGGCUGCAGUCAUGAACCAAUCUGAUGCUCGGAAGAGGCGAAGACUCUGGACUCCCGAAGAAGACUUGGCACUCAUAGCAGCUGUGGACAAGUACGGUGAGGGCAACUGGACAACUGUUCUGAAGAACCAUUAUGACUUUGAUCGCAGUGCCUCCCAACUAUCACAGAGAUGGGCUCUGAUCAGAAAGAGGAGAGAAGUUCAAGAAAAAGCAGGGUAUGGAGGCUCUGGAGUGAGUCUCUUAGCAUCCGGUUACAACAAUAUAGAGCGUCUGGAUGGUCCCAAACCUGGUACAUUAGCAGGGCCUGGCAUGCAAAAGGAUACUGGAAGACCGGGUGACAAAGCUAUGCCUUUUGGGAAUGCUCCUACGCCAAUGAAGCAACCACCUUCCUCUGCUUCUACCGUUCCAGUUGGCAAGAGAAAUCCUGGAGCCACAACUCCCAGUGGCACUGAGACCACUGCUUCUGUCCUUGAAACACAAAGAGCGCGAGCUCUGCCUGCACCAGGUGUUUCAACCAGCCGGGCUGGUGUUCCUGCUCAGCGGCCGCAAGCACAUAACCAGACAUCUAUGCGUGGUGGUGCGACAGCUGGAGCCUCUACCGCCUUACAAACCCUUAAGGGAGCAGUCCACGAGGGUUCAGCUGGUGGAUCACACACUCAUGCCUCAGCUGUAUGGAGACCAGGUCAAGGCUCUGCUGUUGGCAAUCAAAUGUUCUACACGAGUACACAACCUGUAACGUCAUCUGUUCCCAUGGAUAGUAAAUAUUCUGCAUCGCGCAACAUGACAACUGGAGUGUCACGAGGAGGUUCUAAGGGCGUACACGGUCCCGAUCCUAUGAUACAAGCCGCUGCAAUGGCAGCAGGAGCUCGAAUUGCACCAGCCUCAACAGCUGCUUCACUACUUAAGGCAGCUCAAUCUGGUAAUGUGGUUCAUAUCGGAAGUGGUGGGCUUCCUAGGUCCAAAUUAGGUCUAUCGAAUCAAGCUGGAAAUGGCAAUGCAGGUGGCAGUUCAGGAAUCAUCCACUAUAUCCGCACCGGCUCAGGUGGUUCAUCGUUGGCUACAUCUAAUACAAGUUUACAACGAACGACCUCGCAUCACAUGUCAAAAAACCAUCUCAAUAGAGCACCUCACCCAGUUGGAAACUCAAGCCCGUCGCCUGUUCCUACUGUACCGCCUCAAGCAGCUCGGAACAAUUCUCAGGUACCCAGCCAGGCUGGCAAACCGAGCCCCACCUCCAGAGUUCCUGCAACACGGGGAUCCAGCCCUCAGCAGCAGAUGACAGCACCUGCACUUACUCCUGCUUCAACCCCUGCCUCAACUACUGCAUCCACAUCCUCAUCUACGCCUGCAUCAACGUCUACACCCGCUCCUCUGUCGACGUCUGCUGUAACUCCUCCACAGACGUCUUUAUCAACUCCGUCAACGUCUGUACCAACUCCUGCAUGUGGGUUUUGUACAACCGAACCAAUAGCUGACAUCCCUGGAGAAGGAACUACGUGAUGGCCGAUGCAUCUCACUUUUGAGUAACACCUUGAUUUGAAAUUGGAUUUCCACCCGUCUGGUGAGUCAAAAGAGGGAAGCUAAUGCAGUGGUGGCCUUGAAGACUUUACUACGAUGCUCAAGCGUCAACGAGUACAGAAACCUUAACGAGUGUAAGGAUACCAAGUCUUUCAUUUCGCACAUAGAAUAUUAGAGGUGCUGAAUCAGAGAAGUGGGUUUUUGAAAAUGAGCAUGGAAAGCGGUACACUGAUGGGUCCUGGAUGCCGAGACUUGUGAUGCUAUGUAAUAGCUCGAUUUGUUUGUUACAGCUGAAGCAACACACUACCUGCAGAUAGUGAGGAUGGCACUUCUGGGCACCACCCGUGUUAUUAUAAUUCUUCUUUUUUCUUUUUUUUGGGUAAGAUAUGCUACUUGCGUAACAGAAAGAGGAACUUAUAUGUUACACCGGCAAGCCCCUGCAAUAGAGAAAAACUAGAUGCAACUCAAGCAAGCAUCAGAUUUGCUAAUGUGACCAACAAACUGGAGACGGUCACUAGAUGCCCCGCGGCAAAACCCCACGACCGUGGCUUUUGUUUUGCUGGUUGGAUUAUUGUGAAGGAAAAAGUGCUAGUGACUGGUUAGUUAUAGGCCAUCACUUUUUUGCCAUUUACUUUUGGUUCAUUAGUAAUUUUUUGGGCUUAUUUGAAAUUC